AUGGCCCAGAUCCAGGAGACGCCGCUCGACGAGCGCCAGUGGCGCAGCCCCGUCGCUCUCAACAACCUGCAGUACUUCGGCGGCCUGCACAGCAAGACGGUGCACUUGUACUUCAUGGAGUCGGAUUUCUUCGAUCGCACCUCCAACAACUGGGCCCUCUUCAUGCAGCACAAGGGCGAGCCGUGGCUCACCGAUCGCGACCAGUUCGAACUGCGCCUGCGCGCCAUGCAGGGCCUGGAGUUCAUGGUUGCUGCCGAGCCUGAACGCCGUCCCGAUGGUAGCGACACGGGCAUAUAUGUUUUUCGCAAGCAGCAGCGCCGCAAGCGCCCUGGCCAUGACGAUGACCUGAUUGUGUUGGGCACUUACUAUUUGAUUGGAGAGAAUAUAUACCAAGCUGCGUCUCUGGAGGAUAUCAUUGGGAACAAGAUUCUCGCUGCUACGACCUCCUUGUCCAAGUUCUUCGCCAUUGCGUCGUCUCUCCCCAUCUACACAUCUGGACGUGGAUAUACCUAUUACCCUUCGUCAACUUCUGUCAAGCAGACCAAUGCCUCUGCGAAUGCCUCCCGCCGCUCGAGUCGUGCCGGCAGUCCUACAGGAGAAUCAUCCUCCGCCAUUGACAUGAACGAUGGACCCGCAUCAUCACAGAACCAGCCUGGUGAUAUCCAGCAAUCGCAGAAGGCCAAGAACACAAACGCCGCGGCAGCUGCGACAUCGAUGCACGCCCUGACGCAAUCCUUCCACCUCUUCAACCAAUACAAAGACGAGUUCAUGGACACCAAUCCCAUCAUCGGCGAACCGGGCUCGUUCCACUUCAGCGCCACUGCACGUCAUAUCCAACAGACGCAGACCAAGCAGGCCGAGGCCGCGGCCGCUGCCGCUGCGAAACUGUCAAACGCCGGCGCUGCGGACGGAACCAAAACAGACAGCAAACCCGGCACCCCUGCUCUCGCUGCCAGCCCCGAUAUAUCAGUCACCGUGCCGGGCCCGAGCAAGAAGCCAGCAAAGAUCAAAAGGAGCAAAAGUAGAGCUGGCACCGCACCCACCAGCCCGGCCACUCCGACGGCUGGCGCAACACCCGGGAAAGCAGCGUGA